CGACGUCCACUUUAUAUGUUGUUAUUUUAUAUUCCACAUCAAUACAGCUACACAAAGAGAUCCAGGAAGUCAACGAGGUCACGCCUAUUAAUCAAAGACGCAAUUCUCGAAAAUGACUUCCUCAAGAACUUGGACCAGAACCAGGUGCGAGAGAUCGUUGAUUGUAUGUACGAGAAGAAGGUCAAAAUGGGCAACUACAUCAUCAAGGAAGGAGAAUCCGGGCAACAUCUUUACGUGUCAGCAGAGGGAGAGUUUGAUGUCCUCAAAGGAAAACAUGUACUGGGUAAGAUGGGCGCUGGUAGGGCUUUCGGAGAACUUGCUAUUCUCUAUAACUGCACGAGGACGGCGUCUGUACGAGCGGUGUCUGAUGUUCGGAUCUGGGUGCUGGACCGGCGAGUAUUUCAGGCGAUCAUGAUGAAAACUGGGAUACAGCGGAGAGACGAAAAUAUACAGUUUUUAAAAAGAGGCAUCAUCGGCAUGAGGCGUGGUGACAUGUGUCGCGGUGAACAUGUGGCAUCGUCGACAUGUGGCGUGGUGGGUAUGUGCCAUCGUGAACAUGCGACGUUGUUUGACAUGUGGUAUGAUGGUAUGAUGUGGUACCGUGAACAUUUAGUGAAGGUCACACAGACACUACAAGGUUACAACCAACCGCAGGAAAUACGACGGCUGAAGAGGGGAGACUACUUUGGAGAGAAGGCUUUACUUAGCGAAGACCGACGGACAGCAAAUGUAUUAGCGCUCGGACAAGGAGUGGAAUGUUUAACAGUUGACCGGAAUUCGUUCAACCAAUUGAUUGGUGAUCUGAAUGAGCUUCGGGAUAAGGACUAUGGAGAUGAAGCACGAGGAGUGCAGAGGUCUAGUAGUGGUCACGGAAGCACCACGUCGCAAGAACAAAUCUCCCCAACACGAGAAUUACCAAAUAAAGAAUUCGAAGAUUUGCGAUUGGAUCAAAUGGAAGUGGUAGCAACACUGGGUGUUGGAGGUUUUGGGAGAGUGGAACUGGUUCAAUUAUCCACGGAUAAAAACAAAACCUUCGCCCUGAAAUGUCUGAAAAAGAAACACAUCGUAGAUACGCGGCAACAGGACCAUAUUUAUUCAGAGAAGAAAAUAAUGACUGAAUCAAAUUCAGCUUUUGUUGUCAAAAUGUACCGGACGUUUCGAGAUAAAAAAUAUAUAUAUAUGUUAAUGGAAGCCUGUUUGGGCGGAGAGCUGUGGUCAAUCUUAAGAGACAAUCGGUUCUAUAUAGCUUGUGUACUAGAGGCCCUGGGAUAUCUACACCGGAAACACAUCAUCUAUCGGGAUUUGAAACCAGAGAACUUGUUGUUGGACAGAACCGGAUAUAUCAAACUGGUUAGUCAUGAGAAUCUUCAAACUACCAGGUCAACAACUUCAUUCGUGUUAAUUUCUCUUCCAUCUUGUUUUAGGCCGCCAUUUUCUGGUCAUGAUCCUAUGAAAACAUACAACAUCAUCUUAAAAGGUAUCGAUAUAAUCGAAUUUCCGAAACGGUUCAGUCGAAACUCAAUUCUUUUGAUCAAGAAGUUAUGUCGGGAAAAUCCUUCGGAAAGGCUGGGCUAUGGUAAAAAUGGCUUAUCUGACAUCAAGAAAAAUAAAUGGUUUCAAGGUUUUGACUGGGAUGGCUUGAAAAAACAGAAUUUGAUACCACCCAUUAUUCCAAAGGUCAAGUGUCCUAGAGAUCACAGCAACUUUGACCAAUACGCCAAAGACACAGAUAUACCACCGGAUGAAACGUCAGGCUGGGACCUGGACUUUUAAUCCACUCACCAUGGAUUAGUGACUGUACUAAUCCGUUUAGAACCAGAGACAUCACGUCAUAUUUUCUUUUACUUCUCGAAACCAUUCGUGACGUCACACUAUACUCCUCACAAUCGAUUGGUGACGUCAUAAUUAACAUAGAACGAUGUGGUAGAACGUCACACCACUGUAGUAACAUCGGGAAUGACAUUUAGAAAUUGGAUGGUGACAUCAACAAUCCUCACACACAGGCACACAUACACACACACACACACUCACACAUACACGCAUGAAUAUUUACGCACAGCCUUAUGGUUUUAAAAUUGAUGCCCAUAGAACGGUGUACCAAAUCCUUACUCAGAACGGACUACUGACGUCAAGCAGACGACACAUGAGAUAAAAACGACUGACGUCAUUUAUCUACACAAGAGAAAGAAUGAGCGAGCGAGCAAUCGAAUGAGAGAGAGAGAGAGAGAGAGAGAGGUAGAGGAGAGAGAAAGAGAGACGUCCGUAAUAUCGAGAAUCUACCACCGUACGAGUUAAUGACGUCAUCAUUCACAAGUUUGCAAAUGGCGUCACCAUUCACAGUUAAUGACGUCACCAUAUCCACAGAAUGACGUCACCAUAUCCACAAAAUGACGUCACCAGCCUUAGGGGUGGCGGCGGCUUUAGGGGCACAGUUUAGUGACAUCACUCAGAUCGAUAAAAAGUUGUCAAUAUGGCGGAAUCUUUUUUUUUUGUCUUUUAAAUUCUAUCAUCUCACGGAAUUCUAGAACAAAAAAGAAAAAAAAAAACAAAACAAAACAACAACACUUAUACCACAAAAAUCACCCGGUUUCGUUGCAAGUAGCCGGAAGUGAUGGCUUUACGCAGGACAUACAAAGAGCAGGAAGAGCGGUGUGGUAGCGAACGCGGCGACAUCUAUAUAGGCUUAACAGAAGACUCUUCCACAGGAAAUCGUAACGGUUAAUGUAGUGAAGAUGAUGAGGAUGACGAGGAAGAAGACGACGACGACGAUGAGAAUGAUGAUGAUGAUGAUGAUGAGAAUGAUGAUGAUGAUGAUGAUGAUGAUGAGGAUGAUUAUGAUGAUUAUGAUCCUGAUAAUGAUGAGACAAUUGUAUAUUUUUUAUUAGACAUUAAAGCGUUUGCAGAAUCUG